ACAAGAUAAACACACACACACCACCGUUUCCUUUUAAGUUCUUUCUCCUGUCUUAAAACCCAUCUUGUAUUCAUCUAAAAAAACAAAUUUUCUUCUGUUUAUGUGCUUCUCGUGUUCGUACAGUAACUCAAAAUCCUAAUUAACAACUGGGGUUUUGAUUUUCUUUAAAGAGUUGUCAUACUUUUGACUCAAUUUUUGGGGAGUGUGUCAAGAUUUGCUUUUUAUGAGUGGGUUUUUUUUCUGCUUUUUGUCCCUCUUUUUACAGCUUUACUUUCGAAUUUUCCUCUUUUAUGUUCAAAGUUUCUGAAUUUAUUUUAGGGUUUUAAAUUUUCAAUCGGUUCAGUCAGUCAGUGUGUGUUUUUGCUGAAUUUGUCUGAAUAAAUUGAGCUAGUUUUUGUGGGUUUUUUUUUUUUUUUUUGAAAUAGUUUGUUGGUUUUUUUUUAUAUAGUGGUGAAUUAAUUUGGGUAAAAUUGGUGAUGGAUGAUUCAAGAUGGAAGCUUUCUGUGUUGAAAAUUGUGGGGUUGAUGAUGAUUUUCUCUGCUCAAAUUUGCUUUGGAGAUACUGAUCCAAGGGAUAUUUUGGCAAUAAAUAGUCUAUAUGCGGCUCUUGGCUAUCCACCUCUUCCCGGGUGGUUAGUGUCGGGGGGAGACCCGUGUGCGGAAGGUUGGCAAGGUGUUCAAUGCGUAAACUCCAACAUAACUGGAAUAAUUCUUAAUGGUGCAAAUUUAGGAGGCGAAUUGGGUGAGAAUUUGGGAGCUUUCGUUUCCAUCAUACAAAUAGAUCUCAGCAAUAAUCAUAUUGGAGGUCAUAUACCGUCAAGCCUUCCACCUACCAUCAAUAGUUUAAUGCUUUCAGGAAACCAGCUUACGGGGAGCAUUCCCGACUCUCUUUCCUCGUUAGGCCAAAUGACGGACUUACACUUGAACAACAACCAUUUGAAUGGAGUAAUUCCAGAUUCUUUUCAACAACUUACACCCUUAAUAAAUUUGGAUUUGUCUGCUAACAAUUUAAGUGGCCCAUUGCCCCCUUCAAUGGCAAGCUUGUCAUCGUUAACAACAUUGCACUUACAGGACAAUCAUCUUACCGGGGUUCUUGAUGUGCUGCAAGAUCUUCCACUUAUAGCUUUAGAUGUGGAAAAUAAUCUUCUCUCGGGGCCCAUACCUCCCAAAUUAUUGACCAUUCCAAAUUUCAGAAGCGCCGGAAAUCCGUUUAAUACAACGAUUAUCCCUUCUCCUUCUCCGCCAGUCUCAUCCCCGUCACCGUCAUCAUUUGGACCACUACCGCCGGAAAUAGGGCCAGGAAUUCAAGUAUUCGGACAACCACCGCCAGAUCAGCCGGCUUCUUCCGGAAAACUAAAGUCCUUUAUGAAUAAAAAAGUCGUGUGGGUUGCAAUCGGUGGAUUCUUGAUUCUUGUUGUACUUGCAUUUGCACUUUGCUUUUGUAUGUCAAAAUGCCGCAAAAAAAAGUCAACGGUCAAAGUUUCAAAGGAUGGGAUAGCCAAGAACUCUACUCUUAACGUCUUGAAACCACCCGAACAUGGAGAAAAUAGUAAGAAUUCAUUGACAAUGUCCUCGUCAAAAGGCGAGAAAGUUGAAACGAUUUCUAAGAACAAGGAGGAACACGUGAUAGACAUGACAAAGGUAAAUGCAAGUUCGUUUUCAACACGGCCCCUACCGCCUCAACCUUCUCCUCGUGAAGGGGUCAUUGUAAAACCGAUUUCAGCUCCACCAGCUACCUCCCGCCGCACUGUGAAAACCUUAAACUCCGCUAAGUUUUUCUCGAUUGCAUCGCUACAAGAGUACACAAAUAGCUUUUCUCCGGAAAAUCUUGUUGGAAGUGGCAUGCUUGCUACCGUAUACAAAGCCGAGCUUCCCAACGGAAAGCUGCUAGCGAUCAAGAAACUUGACAAUGCAACGUCUCGGAAGUGGAGCGAUGAUCAAUUUAUGGAGCUAGUUUCGAAUGUAACUAAACUUCGAAAUGAAAAUAUAGUUGGACUCGAGGGUUACUGUCUUGAGCAUGGUCAAAGACUUUUCGUCUAUGAUUAUUGUGAAAAUGGGACGUUACAUGAAGCUUUGCAUUUAAAUGAUGAACUUCACGAAAAGCUUUCGUGGAAUUCUCGAGUACAUGUUGCGCUUCAAAUCGCAAGAGCCCUCGAGUACUUGCACGAGGUUUGUCAGCCGGCUGUCGUACACCACAACUUAAAGUCGACAAAUAUUCUUUUCGACAGUGAGCUCAAUGGGCGUGUUUCGGAUUGUGGUUUGGCUCCACUAUUACCAUCUAGCCACAUUAGCCAGUUGCAAGGUUCAGGAUACGGUGGUCCAGAACUUGAGUCGGGAAAUUAUACUUACCAGAGUGACGUUUACUGCUUUGGAGUCAUUAUGUUAGAACUUUUCACCGGCCGAAAAGCUUUUGACAGUUCAAGGCCACGAGGAGAACAAUUUCUCGUGAGAUGGGCGAUAUCUCAGUUACAUGAUAUAGAAGCGCUGUCGAGGAUGGUCGAUCCUUCUUUACGCGCUGCAUGUUCUUCCAAGUCCUUAUCUCGGUUUGCAGAUAUUAUUUCUCUUUGUGUUCAGCCUGAACCGGAGUUUAGGCCACCGAUGUCGGAAAUCGUGCAAAGUCUGUUGCAUAUGAUUCAAAGAAAUCCUUAAACAACGUUUAGAAAUGCAAUGUGCCAAAGACCAGGUUACAAACGAGGAAAGCGACAUGAUGGUGGCUGGCCCUUUAGAGUGUGUUUGUGGUAACUAAAUCUUUUAGUUUAGACAUGGGUAUGUUUCAGUUUUGGUUAGUCAUGUGUUCAGUUUGUUUGUUUAAUGUUUUGUGGUGGUUGGUUUCUAACUGUAAGUAUUCUUUUAUAUUUUAAAUGUAAGUUAAUUUUAUCAGCUUCUUCUAAUGCUAAA